GGACGGAUUCUCCGUUGGUAUGGCCGGAAGAGGGAUACUUCUUGUAGGCACACGAGGGCAACACUGCAAUCCAUUGAAACAGUACCAAUUGCCAUGUUGAACUGGUCUAUUCAAGUACAUGGGUAUUGGUGGAUUAUUCCCUCUCGGUUAAUAUACCAGUGCAUUCAUCUCGGGUCAUUAUGGCGUUGUAAAGGGGCUUUUGAUAUUAGCCUAAAGGCCCUUUUCUGCGGGGUACGGAGUAAUGCCCCUCGUUUAUAUUAAUCUCCCCGUCCUAUUCAGUUGCGCCCAUCAACUCACACGAUUUGCUAUUAACUCCUAACGGGUACAAGGUGGUCUUCAAUAGGUACCUUUAGGACAACUGAUACACCGAAAAUGGCCGAUCAAUCAUCAGUCAAAUUCACAUCCUUGGGCGCAAUCAUCCAAGAGCUCAACGUGGAUGGCCAAAACAUCGUCCUGGGAUUUACUAAGAAGGAACUCUACGAGAGAUAUAACACCCCUUGGUUUGGCGCGACCAUUGGUCGCGUAGCCAACAGAAUCAAGGAUGCCAAGAUUCAAAGUCUCAACAACCAAGAAUAUGAACUUGAGAAGAACAAUGACCCUAACGCGUUGCAUGGAGGUAGCCGUGGAUGGGGCAGGCGGGACUUUGAGGGACCGACUUUACUGCAGCGAAACGGCAAAGACACCUUGCUUUAUACCUAUACGAGUCCCCAUCUGGACGGAGGAUACCCCGGCACGGUAGAGAUCAAAGUCUUCUAUACCGCAAGCAAAGAAGACAACCGUUCAGUGCUUUCGAUCGAGUAUGAGGUUGAAUUGGUGGGUGAUGAGUGCAACGAGACGGUUGUCAACGUGACCAACCAUAGUUAUUUCAACCUCACCGGCGGCGAGACCUUUGACGGCACCUCAGCUAAGCUCUUGACUCAACAUUAUCUGCCGCUCGAUAAUACUGGCAUCCCGUUUGGUAGGAUCGACGUACAUCCCAGUAAAGUUACUGAGCCAUUCACGAUCGGGCCGAAUAAGGAAGCGUUUGAUGAUGUCUUUGUUAUGGAUCGAGAUGUCGCUGGGAUCCCGUUGGACACGCGUGAGAGACCGCUCCAGCUGCUCGCAGAGUUCCACCACCCAGAGUCGCGUAUCAAUCUACAGGUACACAGCACUGAGCCUGCGUUUCAGUUUUAUACCGGCCAAGGAACCAAUGUAGCUGCGGUUGACGGCAACCCGAGUCGAGGCCCGUUCUCCGGCUUCUGCAUCGAACCCAGUCGUUUUGUCAAUGCGAUCAACGAACCGGAUUGGCGGCACAUGGUUGUUUUGAAGAAGGGCGACAAGUAUGGAAGCAAGAUCGUGUAUAAGACUUGGAAAGACCCGCAAUGAAUUGCUGGUUCUAGAAGAAUGUCAUGCCACCGAUGUGGGACCGAUUGAAGGAGAUUUUGUGCCUAUUCGGCGUUUGUAAAAUCAUCCGAUUGUCACAUGAUGUGCCGAUUACCCUUAUCAC